GAGUGUGGGGGGCGCCAUGCUGGGCCCGGGGGCGGCGCGGAGCUGCGGCCUCCUGGUGGUGGCGGCGGCGGCGAGCCGGGCCCUGAGCCUCAGCCACGGCCGGCCCACGGUGGUGGUGGAGCGGUGGUGGCAGGUCCCACUGAGCAAAGAGGGGCGAGAACCCCGCUUGCACCCCAGGAGGCACCGCAUCUACAGGCUGGUGGAAGACACCAAGCACCUGCCCAAGAAGGACUUGGAGCUGAUCCUCACUCAGUCGGUGGAGAAUUUGGGAAGCCGGGGAGAUGUGGUCUUCGUGAAGAAGUCCAUGGGUCGCAACAAACUCCUCCCCCAAGGGCUUGCUGUUUAUGCAUCGCCGGAGAACAGGAAAAUGUUUGAGGAGGAAAAGAAGUUGCGCCAAGAAGGGAAGUUGGAGGCAAUCCAAACCCAGAGUGGUGAAAAGACCAUCAGAUUCCUCAAGAAUUGCCACCUGGAGGUGGGCAUGAAGAACAAUGUGAAAUGGGAGCUGAACAACGAAAUCGUGGCCCGCCACUUCUUCAGAAACCUGCGGGUCUUCGUGCCUCCCCACGCGCUGAAGCUGCCGGAUGAGCCCAUCACGAGGUGGGGCGAGUACUGGUGCGACGUGACGGUGAACGGGCUGGAGACCGUCCGCGUCCCCAUGUCCGUGGUGCAGUUCAUGCGGCCCAAGACGAAGCGCUACAAGCACUGGUUGGCCCUCCAGAAGGCCCAGCUGGCAGCCAGGAAGAAAGAGCUCCUCUGACCGCUGCGGGAUGCUGUUUUUCACGUGGUGGCUUCAGCACAGCCCCGUCCAACCUGCUAAAGAGCCCGGAGCCUUCCUUGACAUGGCACUUCCUUUCCCUGCCAGCAGCUGGAUCUCCAGUGUGCCCAGCGCUUGCUUUCCUACUGGUAGGCACUGGAGGAAGGGUUUAUUCCUCCGCAUUGGACUGGGACUUCCUGCCCUUCUCUCUGAGGAGCUGUCUGGGCCGAUUGGUGGCUCUGAACCGCCUAUUUCUGCGCGUGCCCCGCUUCAUAGCAGGGCUGCAGACGCCUCGCUGCAGCUAAUAAACGGCUAGGUGCGGUUCGGA